AUGCUCUCUGCGGCCGCAGUGAUGGCGCCGGCAGCUGCCACACAGAAGAGCUCCCUUGAGGUGUUGCUUGAGACCCUAAAGAAGCGCGAUGAGCAGCCCAAGGAUGCGCCUCCAACAUUGCCAGCCCGGCCGACGUGCCGUGGCCGGCUGCCCACCACCAGGCGACCGUCACUGCCUGCUGGCUUUAAGCUCGAGAAUGGCAUGGCGACAGUUGCUGCCACAGAAGCUGCAGUGGUUGACAAGAAGGCAGAUGCUAAGGAGAUUUCUGGGCUGGAGGCCAAGGAGGAAAAGCCGGUGAAAGUCUCCAUCUUUGGGGCUAAGAGGAAGUUCGCUAAUGCAGAAGCACUGGAGGAGUCGCCAUAUGUUGAUAAGUUUCAUGAGGAGAGGAAGGGUACAACAGUUUGUAAGGAUCCCCCCUCGGUUUCGUCGGCAACAGUAAAGAUGAAUGGGAAACCAGCAUGUACAGAUAUCAUGGACUAUGUUCUCCAGAAGAAGCUACGAGUUUGGUGUUCUUCACCAAAUGCAAAGUGGGAACUUGGACAGAUCCAAUCAAUAUCUGGAAAUGAUGCUGAAAUACUCCUGGCUAAUGGAAAAGUUUUGACAGUGUCACCAGAACAACUCUUGCCUGCCAACCCUGAUAUCCUUGAUGGAGUGGAUGAUUUAAUCCAGAUGAGUUACUUGAAUGAACCUUCAGUUCUUUACAAUCUGCAAUUGCGAUAUUCUCGCGAUCUUAUCUAUACAAAGGCAGGACCUGUUCUGAUUGCUGUCAAUCCAUUAAAAGAAGUUGCACUCUAUGGGAGGUCCUCAAUCAUGCAAUACAAGCAAAAGACCAACGAUGACCCACAUGUGUAUGCAGUUGCUGAUUUGGCAUUUAAUGAGAUGCUGCGAGAUGGCAUAAACCAAUCUAUAAUAAUAAGUGGUGAAAGUGGAGCAGGAAAAACUGAGACGGCUAAAAUUGCAAUGCAAUAUUUGUCUGAUCUUGGGGGUGCUAGUGGUACGGAGUCUGAGGUUCUUCAGACCAAUGUUAUUCUGGAAGCAUUGGGGAAUGCAAAAACAUCACGAAACCAUAAUUCGAGCCGAUUUGGCAAGCUUAUUGAAAUACACUUUUCUGAAACUGGGAAAAUGUGUGGUGCCAAAAUCCAGACCUUCCUGCUUGAGAAGUCGAGGGUGGUUCAAAGGGCACAAGGCGAGAGAUCUUACCAUAUUUUCUAUCAACUAUGCUCUGGAGCUCCUCCCCUUCUCAAAAAAAAAUUGUUUCUGAAAAGCGCCAGUGACUACAAUUACUUGAAGCAGAGUAAUUGCUUGAAAAUCGAUGGUGUUGACGAUUCAAAGAAAUUCACAGUGCUAGUGGAUGCAUUGGAUACUAUUCAAAUAUCUAAGGAAGACCAAAUGAAAUUAUUUUCUAUGCUUGCAGCUGUCUUGUGGCUGGGAAACAUAUCAUUCUCUGUGAUUGAUAAUGAAAACCAUGUGGAAGUUGUUUCAAACGAAGGGUUGGCUACUGCUGCAAAGCUAUUAGGCUGCACUGCAAAUCAACUAGUGACUGCUACGUCCACUCGUAAAAUCCGAGCUGGAAAUGACAGUAUCGUUAAAAAGCUGACAUUAACUCAAGCCAUUGACGCAAGAGAUGCACUAGCAAAGUCAAUCUACGCCAAUUUAUUUGACUGGAUUGUUGAGCAAAUUAACCACUCACUUGGAACGGGGAGGCAAUUUACAUGGAGAUCCAUAAGUAUUUUGGAUAUUUUUGGGUUCGAGUGUUUCAAUAAGAAUGGUUUUGAGCAAUUUUGUAUAAAUUAUGCCAAUGAGAGGCUGCAGCAGCACUUCAACCGACAUCUUUUCAAACUACAACAGGAGGAAUACUUGGAAGACGGAAUUGAUUGGACCCCCGUGGAAUUUGUGGAUAACACUAAUUGCUUAUCCCUCUUUGAGAAGAAACCUCUAGGGCUAUUGUCAUUAUUGGAUGAAGAGUCUACUUUCCCAAAGGCAACAGACUUUUCCUUUGCUAACAAGCUUAAGCAGCAAUUAAGUGGUAACUCUUGCUUCAAGGGUGAAAAAGAAGGCACAUUUAAGAUUUGCCAUUAUGCAGGGGAGGUGACAUAUGAUACAGCUGGGUUCCUGGAGAAGAACAGAGAUCCAUUGCACUCUGAGUCAAUCCAACUACUAUCAUCAUGUAAAUGUGAACUUCCAAAACAUUUUGCCUCUGUCAUGGUUGCUGAUUCUCAGAAUAAAUCAAGUCUGUCAUGGCAUUCAGUAAUGGAUACACAGAAACAAAGUGUUGUCACAAAAUUUAAGGCUCAACUGUUCAAGCUGAUGCAGCAGUUGGAGAGUACAACCCCACAUUUUAUUCGAUGCAUUCAACCAAAUAGCAAACAACAUCCCAGGUUAUUCGAGCAUGAUCUUGUCUUGCACCAGCUUAAAUGCUGUGGGGUGCUUGAAGUUGUUCGGAUAUCAAGAACAUGCUAUCCAAUUAGUAUCACUCACCAACAGUUUGCUGAAAGAUAUGGAUUUCUUCUCUUGCGUUCCAUUGCAUCUCAAGAUCCACUUAGUGUUUCAAUUGCUGUUUUGCAACAGUUGAACAUUCCCCCCGAAAUGUAUCAAGUUGGCUACACAAAAUUGUUUUUCCGUACAGGACAGGUUGCUGCACUGGAAAAUGCUAAAAGACAGAUGCUUCAUGGAACCCUCCGUAUUCAGAAGCACCUCCGGGGUUUGCAUUCUCGACAGGGAUAUCAACGACUAAAGAAAGGGGCAAUGAAUUUGCAAUCAUUUAUACGCGGUGAAAGAGCAAGAAUACACUUUGAUAAUCUUGUCAAGAGAUGGAGGGCAGCUAUUCUCAUACAGAAGUACACUAGGCGUCGACUUGCAGCUAACAUGUUUAAUGAUCAACUGAGUCAUAUCAUUCUUCUUCAGUCUGUGAUGCGUGGGUGCCUGGCCAGAAGGAAAUACAAGUGCCUGCAGAAUGAAAAGGAGUCAAAGGCCAGUCACAACAUAGUUCAAGGGGACACAAGGAAGAAUAAUUCCGAGUCAAGAAUUUGCCAUGAAAUGAAUGGGCAUUAUCCUCACGAACCAGUCAUCACUGAGCUUCAGGGUUGUAUUACAAAAGCUGAGGCUGCAUUGCGGGACAAGGAGGAAGAAAAUGUAAUGCUAAAACGGCAAUUGGAACAGUAUGAGAGGAAAUGGUCGGAAUAUGAGGCCAAAAUGAAAUCUAUGGAAGAGGCAUGGAAGAGACAGCUCUCUUCUCUGCAGCUGAGCCUUGUUGCUGCUAAGAAGAGCCUAGUUGCUGAUGAUGCAACCACUAGAGCCGCUCGUACUGAUUUUACUCCAACACAUGCCCAGUAUGACUCUGAAGACACAUUGUCCACUGGGACCCAUACACCUGAAGUGAUAGAGUCGAGACACCACAACCACAACCCUGAAGCUAAAGUUUCAGCAGGAAACUCGGAUAGGCGAGUAAAUGCUGUGAACCACCUAGCAAAGGAGUUUGAAGACAGACGGCAGGUGUUCGAAGAUGAUGCAGGCUUCCUUGUUGCAGUCAAGUCCGGUCAGGUUGGUUCAAAUAUGAACCCAGACGAGGAACUCCGGAAGCUCAAGGACCGCUUUGCGACAUGGAAAAAAGACUACAAAUCUCGGUUGAAGGAGACGAAGGUAAACCUUAAUAAGGUUGGCACCCAUGAUGAGAAAUCGCGGAAAAGAUGGUGGGGAAAGAAGAGCUCGAAGUGA